ACCUUUCUUUGCUAAAAAGCCUCUUUGUGUACAGCAAAAUAACUCGUAACGCAACGCGGAGUAUUUAUCGUAUGACGAAAACAUCUAUGCAUGUUUUUGGUCGUUCUCUCAGUUUGUAGGUUAGAGACCAGGUUGCUUAAUACAGGAGUUAACAUUGAUAUACACAGUUUGUUAUGUGUGGUAAUACAGCUACCAGGCCGCUACAUACAUGCAUAGUUCUGUAGUCAAGAAAUAACACAUAGGAAAUAUAGCUGAAGUGUAUCUGUAUUCGUUUACUUAACUCACCGAUACAAAGAUUGUGACUCGUCUUGUAACUCAGAUUGUGUUCACGUUCGUUAACAAACAGUUUGGAACUUGUGCUGCAGUUUCGUAUCAGCUGCCGUGUUCUGUUUCUUGAGGUACAGAGAAUUAAAUCUGAUUUAAAAAAAAAAAAAAACAGCAUGAAUUUGACUCUUCUUUUUUUGUUGGGAUUCGUUGUUUGGAGCACACUGCACGUUUUUGCAGCACAAGACCUUGAACUGUCAACGAAUUCAACGUCUCCAGUAUAUGAUCAUCAAUUCACCUUCAUCUGUACCUUCACUGGGGACAAUUUCACUUUAGGAUUUCCCAUCAAAUUUGUGCGGACUAAUAAAACAAUUUGUAAACGACAUGCAUACAAGACAAACACCCAAACAGAACGACAAUUUGCAUGUGCAAAAUAUUACAACACAACAGAUGCAUAUAUGUGUGAGUGUGAUGCAGUUUACCCAAACAAGAAGGUUUAUAGCAUAACAAUCAAGUCAUUUAAAGCAAUUGACGCAACGAAGUGGUCCUGUAUUUCUGUGAACACUAAUGACGUGAUGCGUCAUAACAGUAACGUUGUUGAUCUCUCGGAGAAGGUGACAUCUUCCCCUGCAAGUGUGACACGUGAUAUCAAUAGAUCUACAAUAAGUGCGGUGAAGAUAGCAUCUUCCUCCGAAAGUGUAACAUAUGCUGUCAAUACCACAACAGCAAGUGCGGUGAAGAUAACAUCUUCUUCUGCAAACGUAACACCUGUUAUCAAUAUCACUACAGCAAGCGCGCUGGUCAACAAUCUUCGUUCUAAUCCUGUACUAAUUCCGGCUGUUUCCGUCGCGUCUGGAGCUGUGAUUGUAUUGGUCAUAAUUGUUGUGACCGUUUAUAUCAUCAAGAAAAGGAGAAACUCAAGACAACACGGAACUACGGAUAUUAAGAAUGAUGGACAAAAUUACGCAGAACGAAACAACAGACAGGAAAGAAAAGAGCCAGUGAUGAAGGACAAUGAAUUAUAUUUCAUGUCGAGAGAUUCUUCAAAACACAGAAGGAAACCAGUAAUGAUAGACAACGAUAUUUAUAAUCUCGGAAAUGAGGAUGAAGAAUUACACGUUAAACCCGAAGACGUCGGAAUUAUAUGUACUCAGUCAUAUAAUAAAGGAGGCAAAGCUAAAGGAGACCCUCUUCAAAAACUCACAGACGAGGAAAUAAGCGCCAUGUAUGCAGUUGUCAAAAAGGACACGAAGUCUGUGGCGGAUACCAAGAGCAAGGAUAGGCGGACCAACGAGAAACGAGAAGACAACGAGUUGGCAGAAGAUAUGUCAGACAUUUAUACACAAGUGAAUAAAAAUAAAACGAAGAACUAGAAGUAAACUAACUCGGAGCAGGGCAGGAUUCAGACCUGGGGGG